AUGGCCUCAGCUACAGUUACCAAGAAGUUGAGGGAGGAAGCUACCUGCCCCAUCUGCCUGGAGCUGAUGACUGAGCCCGUGAGCAUUGACUGUGGGCACAACUACUGCCACCUGUGCAUAGUGGAACUUAUUGGGAGCCAAACAUCUCAUACAUCAUCACUGAGGACAUUUCAUUGUCCUCAGUGUAGAAAACCUUUUAAAAGUGAUAGCAUCCGGCCCAACAAGCAGCUGGGAAAUAUCAUUGAAACCAUAAAGGAGACAGACCACGAAAGUUUGUGUAAGGAGCAUGGAGAGCAGCUCAACUUGUACUGUAAAGAUGAUGGUCAGCUCAUCUGCUGGCGUUGUGAGCGGUCACCACAGCACAAAGGACAUGUCACUGCUCUUGUUGAAGAUGCAUGUCAAGGCUACAAGAAACAGCUCCAGAAAGCAGUGACAAAACUGGAGGACACAAGAUCAAGAUAUAUGCUGUUAAAGCUAGACAGAACACAGAAAAUAAAUAAUUGGGAGGUGAAAAUUAAGCAUGAGAAAGAAAGAAUCCAUUCUGAAUUUAAAAGUCUUCACAACUUUCUGAACCAGGAGGAGGAAUUUUAUAUGUGUAGGCUAGAGAAAGAACAAGAGCAGAAGCUGAGCAGACUGCAGAACAAUGUAGCUCAUCUGGAAAACAAACUGCAGGAACUGAAAAACGGCAUCCUGGAACUGGACAAGAAAUGUCAGGGCUCAGCACAGCAUUUGCUGCAGGAUAUAAAAAACACCUUGAGCAGGGUCUCAGAUACCAAUCUGGAAACACCGGAAGAUGUUUCUUUGGAGCUGCAUACUGUGUGCAAUGUCUCUGAGCUUAACUUUACCCUGAAAAAAAUGUUAAAGCACUUUCAAGACAAUAUGACUCUGAAUCCAGAUACCACUUAUCAAAAAUUACAUCAGUUUGACAAUCAGAAUAAAGUGGAUUACUGUGGGUUCUUCCUGAAGUCUCAAACUUCUGGAGGAUUUCGUGUCUUACCCUGUAUCCUGGGAUGUGAGCGCUUCACCUCAGGAAGACAUUACUUUGAAGUGGAUGUGCGAGAAGGAACUGAGUGGGGUGUAGGAGUUUGUCUGGAAAAUGUACCAAGAGACAUUGACACAGGACGAGAGCCUCAGUCUGGAUUCUGGGCCAUCAGACUGAGAAAGAACAAAGAUAACUUAGCCCUUACUUCUCCCCCAACUGCCCUUCCUCUGAGGGACCAGCCUGAAGUUGUAGGUAUUAUUCUAGACUGUGAGGCUGGGCUCAUAUCUUUCUACAAUGCCACUACUGGUUCCCACAUCUACACUUUCCCAAAAGCCUCAUUUUCUCAUGCUCUCAGACCUUAUUUUGAGGCUUAUCCAUUUUUUUCUUUGUCCCAAACUUCCUCAAACAGAAACAGUCUUAUGGAAGUUGGAGCUUCCAUGAACCCCAUGGAUUUCUGCAUUUCUGCAAAAGCCAUGGCCUCAGCUACAGUUACCAAGAAGUUGUUGGAGGAAGUUAAAUGCCCUAUCUGCCUGGAUAUGAUGACUGAGGCUGUGACAAUCAGCUGUGGGCACAACUACUGCCGCAUGUGCAUAGUGAGUUUUACUGAGAACCAAACCUCUGAAACAUCAUCUUCGAGGACAUUUCAUUGUCCUCAGUGUAGGAAACCUUUUAAAAGUGAUAGCAUUCAGCCCAACAAGCAGCUGGGAAAUAUCAUUGAAACCAUCAAGGAGACAGACUAUGAAAGUUUGUGUGAGAAACAUGGAGAGCAGUUCCACCUGUUCUGUGAAGAUGAUGGUCAGCUCAUCUGCUGGUGCUGUGAGCGGUCACCACAGCACAAAGGACAUGUCACUGCUCUUGUUGAAGUUGCAUGUCAGAGCUACAAGGAAAAGCUCCAGGAAGCAGUAGCAAAGUUGAAAAUCACAGAAUCCAAAUAUAAGCAGCUGAAGAAAGACACAACUCAGAAAAUAAGUAGUUGGGAGGAAAAAAUAAAGCAUGAAGAAGAUAGAAUUCGUUAUGAAUUUAGCAUUCUUCACACAUUCCUGCAUGAGGAGGAGGAAUUAUAUAUGUGUCAACUGAAGAAAGAAAAAGAACAGAAGCUGAGCAGCCUGCAGGAAAAUGUAGCCCAUCUGGACAACAAACUACAGGAACUCAGGAACUGCAUCCUGGAACUGGACAAGAAAUGUCAGGACUCAGCACAGAAGUUGCUGCAGGAUAUAAAAGACACCUUGAGCAGGAACUCAACUAUCAAUAUGGAAACACCAAAGGACGUUUCUUUGGAGCUGAAUACUGUGUGUAAUGUCUCUGAUUACUUUAACAUGAGAAAAAUAUUAAAGUGCUAUCAAGUCAAUGUGACUCUGGAUCCAGAUACUGCUCAUCCAGGAUUAGAUCUUUCUGAAAACCAGAGAAGAAUGUGUAAUGUUGAAAAACUUGACUUUGGUUCUUUUAUGACUUCUCAAUUUGCUAAAGAAUUUAUUGUCGCACCCUGGAUCCUGGGCCAAGAGCGCUUCACCUCAGGAAGACAUUACUUUGAAGUGGAUGUGCUAAAAGGAAACGAGUGUGGUCUAGGAGGUACCUUCACAGUUUUUACAGAUAGAUCCUCUAAUGGCCAGGCCGCCUAUGUGAUUAAUGGCAACCCCCAGCAUAAGAAAUCCACCUAUACCUCUGCCUAA